AUGUUAACAGAACAAAGAAAUUGGCUUUGUCGAAUGGAAGCAUUAUGCGGGUCUCUUUUACAUGAAUUGCAGAUAAUAUGGAACGAGAUUGGGGAAUCUGAUGCCGAUAGAGAGAGGGUGUUGCUCGAGCUCGAACAAGAAUGUUUAGAAGUAUACAAAAGAAAAGUGGACCAAGCGAACAUGUAUAGAGGAAAAAUGAAGCAAGAAAUUGCUGAUGCUGAAGCCGAGCUUGCUGCCAUUUGUUCUACAAUGGGAGAGACGCCUGUGCACAUUAGACAGUCGACUAAUCCACACCGUGGAAAUUUGAAGGAUGAAUUAAGGGCCAUCCUUCCGCAGAUAGAGGAGAUGAGAAAGAGAAGGACUGAUCGGAAAAAUCAAUUUAUAGAGGUCUUAAAUGAGAUACAGUGUAUUGAGAAUGAAAUCUAUAGGUCAGAUAGUUUAGCUUCAAAUGACACAGCAAUUGAUGACUCUGAUCUUUCAAUAAAGAAGCUUGAAGAAUUGCGCAAAGAACUGCAGGAGCUUCGGAAAGAAAAGAGUGAACGCCUGAAGCUGGUGUUGGAUGGUCUGAGUUGUUUAUGUUCACUGUGUAUAGUUCUCGGUUUGGACUUCACGAAAAUUGUCGUUGAGAUUCACCCGAGUUUAGCAGAAGCCGAAGGCUCGAAAAGUAUCAGUAAUGGUACUGUAGAUAGACUGGGGACAGUCGUACAAGAACUAAGACUUCUUAAAAUACAGCGAAUGAAGGAGUUACAAGAUCUUGCGGCUUCAUUGUUGGAGCUUUGGAACCUGAUGGACACGCCAGCUGAAGAGCAACAGACAUUUCAGAAAGUUACUUGUAAGCUAGUUGCUACAGAGGAUGAGAUAACUGAGCCCGGCAUGCUUUCUGUCGACUUUAUUAAUUAUGUCAAGAAAGAAGUGUCUCGCCUGGAAGAACUGAAAGCAAGCAAAAUGAAGGAAUUUGUUUUGAAGAAGAAGGCAGAGCUAGAAGCUAUUUGUAGGAUGACACGUCUUAUUCCGGAAAAAGAUAGUAACAUGGAAGCAGCAAUUGAUGCUCUUGAAUAUGGUAGUGAUGUUGAUGCUAUGUGUGUACUCGAGCAAAUUGAGCUUCAAAUAGUAAGAGUUAAAGAGGAUGUUAUAAGCAGGAAAGAGAUCCUUGAAAAAGUCGAGAAGUGGGUGGCAGCAUGUGAUGAGGAGAGCUGGCUUGACGAGUAUAACAGGGAUGAUAAUCGUUAUAAUGCUGGAAGAGGGGCUCAUGUUGCCCUAAAACGGGCUGAAAAAGCUCGUGCAUUGGUCAGUAAACUUCCAGCAAUGGUGGAUGCAUUGGCUUUAAAAGUCAUAUCUUGGGAAAACGAGGAAGGACGAGAGUUUAACUACAAUGGCGUACGUCUUCUUUCUAUGCUUGAAGCUUAUAUGCUUAUGCGGGAAGAAAAAGAAAUAGAGCGGAAAAGGCAGAGGGACCAAAAGAAGCUUCAAGGACAGUUACUAGCAGAGCAAGAAGCUCUUUAUGGUGCCAAGCCAAGUCCCAAGAAGAUCCGUAGUGUGAAAAAAGAAGCUCGAUUUUCAUCAUGUGGUGGUGCAACCAAAAGAAAACUCUCAACCGGUGCACCCAUGCUACAGACUCCUAAGCGUGAUACAACAUAUAAUUCUUCUGCAAAAGCUACUCCAAAUACACUGAAGGCAAAAACAAACAUGCACGUGAAUAUGGGUCAUCUCAAGGAUGACGGAUUGGCCACUUCAUCUUCUGGUAGGAGAAUUUCUAACAUGACCCGUCUUCCUUUUAAGCAUUCACCAAAUGCAGUAUACGCCCGUGAACCAAAUUUGCGAAAGCCCUUCAAUCCUAUAUCUGCCACUAGCUCAUCUUCAAAGUCCAACACAAAGACUAUACCCAAGGAUCUGCACAUGAAAAACAAAGAGAAAGUGCAGAAGCCGCUUGCUUACACUCCUCCUCAACAGAUUACUCAUAAUGUUGGACGUGAAAACAGAACUCCUAAUACAAAGGGAGUCGCUUUAUACCCGACACCCUCAACAGCAUCUAUUCCCAUGCAGACCACAUUAACCCCGACUCCAGUUUUGGCAGCCGUAGAAACUACUUUUACUACAACAAACACUGUUGAGGACGAGUUUGAGUACUCAUUUGAAGAGAAGAGGGCUGGGUUUGUGCUGCCUAGGUCCAUGAGUUCAGCAAUGAAAUACACAUCUUCGUGCCCGUCGGCCCCACCGUCUGAUGCUGCUGACUUUGUCGGUCUCGUCGCCACUGCCACCAGUAGCAAUGUCACCGUCAUAGCCACCAUCCCCGCUUCCGCUGCCGGAAUCCUCCUGAACCUGGAUAACACCACCACAGUCCUCGCUCUCACCGUGUUAAGGAUCCGAGUAUCAAUGAUCCGGAUAAAAGGAGUCGCCGUUCAGCGGGUGGAUCUCAUCGCCGACACCGCCACGCAGUGGUCCUGGUCCAACAUAACCCUCGCCGCCGUUGUAUCUGUGAGAAGCUCAAAUUUCUAUUCAUUAAGGUAUCGAAACACGACGAUGACGAUCUACUACCAGGAAGCCGUGAUCGAGGAGGCUCGGAGGCCACAAGGGAGGACGAGUGCUUGGCGGACGAUGAGGAUGAACAUCACAGUGGACAUGAUGACGGAUCGGGUGCUGUUGCAACUGGAUUUAACAUCGAACCUCGGGUUGGGUGUGCUGAAGAUUAGCAGCUACACGGUGGUCGGCGGGAGGGUGAAGACUUUCGUCAAAAAAUAG